GCGCAAAAGAGCCAAGAAGAAGGCUCAUCCGCUCGCCUCCCCAUUGACGUCAGUCCAGUAUCACAUGAACCGGCGCGGACCAAUCGGCGCGGCGCUGCUGGAGAGAGCUGGCUCGUUUACAGCAAGAUAGGGGGAAAAUACGGAAUCAAAGGAAACCGAGCCAGCGAGCCUGUAAUGAGCACAGAACCCCACACAGGAAGCGAGAGCCGCCGCAAUCGGAGGUUUCUUCCCUUUUCGUCCGUGUGCCCGCGUCUUUCCGCAGCUGGAUCUAUUCGUUUUGCCUCGGAAAUGGAUAAGGCCGUGGCCCGAACAUAUUGAGUUGCUCGUUGGCAGCGGAGGGCAGUCGACACGCGCACCGCGGACGCAUUUCGUGGAGCAUUGUGCGGGCAGGAAAAUGGUGGAUUGUUUACAGUGUAUAAUCAAAUGCUUCCGCCGCGUGGAUAUCCUGCCAUAAAAGUGUCGGAAGGCUCCUUUAGCGCCCGUCUCGGGUAAUUGGUCGUGUUGGAGCAGCACUAGGUAGGAAGGUAGGUAGGUAGGUAGGAAGGUAGGUAGGUUCCACCCCCCCUCCCCCAGCUCGAUCACACGGUGCUCCUCUUUUGCUAUACUGUACAUGUAGCUUGUGUCUUGUGUGGCUGUCUCGUAUAAACCCAUCGCCUCGUUUCGGGAAAACGGUUGGAUUACUCAGUGAUGGAUUUCAACAGCGCCGGCGGAGGCAACGAGCUGCACAACAACCAGUUUUAUCAGUGCGAGGAGAGCAAGCCUCUGCUGGGGGACAUGUCGGAGGGCAAUAAUAACGCCAAAGUGGCCGCGGGGCCGUGCAAGAGGAGCCUGCAAUACUGCAGCGGCAGCGGGAUGCGCUACAAGCUGCUGCACGAGGGCGACAUCCAGGUGUGCGUGCUCAAACACCCGCGCACCUUCCUCAGCAAGAUCCUCACCUCCAAGUUCCUGCGCAGAUGGGAGCCGCAUCACCUCACGCUCAGCGACUGCAGCCUGACCUCUGCCACCCCCACUGGUUACAUGGAGACGUCGUUGUCCUACAGCUCAAUAGAGGACUUGCAGCUGCUUUCAUGGGACAAUGCACCAAAGUACUGUGUCCAGCUCAGCUUCCCUGGUGGCACAGUCCUGUUGCAGGCUGCUAACAGCUACUUAAGGGACCAGUGGUUUCACUCCUUACAGUGGAAGAAAAAGAUCUACAAAUACCGUAAGGUGUUGAACAAUCCAAGCCGCUGGGAAGUUGUGCUGAAGGAGAUCAGAGCGCUCGUAGACAUGGCUCUGACCUCACCUCUGCAGGACGAGUCCAUCCAUCAGGCCCCUCUUCAUAUCAUCUCUACUUUGCUGGCUGAGAACUCUAAUCUGAGUACACAGGAUCACGAGAACAUCAUUGUGGCCAUUGCACCUCUUCUGGAAAACAACCACCCACCGCCAGAUCUUUGUGAGUUCUUCUGUAAGCACUGCCGAGAACGGCCACGCUCCAUGGUUGUUAUAGAAGUGUUCACUCCUGUGGUCCAGAGAAUCCUCAAACACAACAUGGAUUUUGGAAAGUGCCCUCGACUGCGCCUCUUUACUCAGGAGUACAUCCUGGCCCUCAAUGAACUGAAUGCAGGAAUGGAAGUUGUCAAGAAGUUUGUUCACAGCAUGCACGGGCCAACAGGGCAGUGCCCUCAUCCACGUGUCCUGCCUAACCUGGUUGCAGUAUGUCUUGCCGCCAUUUACUCCUGUUACGAGGAGUUCAUUAACAGUCGAGACAACUCUCCGAGCCUGAAGGAGAUCAGAAAUGGCUGCCAGCAGCAGAAUGACCGCAAGCCUCCGAUGCCUCUCCGCCUGCUGCGCCCAGAGCCCCCAACGCCACCUUCUACCACCCUGCUCCCCCUCUCCUGCAACCCCAGUCCUCCUCAGCCACCUCCUCCUAUUCCCCCAAACCCUCCACCAUCAAUCCCCAUAUGCUCCCCAACACCCAGCCUGCCCCUCUCUCCUCCUCCGUGUGUUGUCAACUCCAGCGAGAUCCUGGUGGAGUUAGAGCGCAACAAUAACUCUGCCAACACAAAGCGGAAGUCAGAACACGACAGUGAACCCAACCUCAUCGACUGUCUACUGGUCAGCCCAGCCGUCAACACUCUAUCCAUCCAGCUGCCUGCGCAGGCGGACCGUGUGCUUGGGUGUUUUGCUCUCAUCCUUAAGAUGCUGUCGGAUUAUGACGACUGGAGACCUGCAUUGGCCAGCCUGUUGCAGCCCAUCCCUUUUCCGAAAGAGGCCCUUGCACAUGCCAAAUUCACAAAGGAACUGAAAUAUGUCAUUCAGAGGUUUGCAGAGGAUCCAAGGCAGGAGGUCCAUUCCUGCCUACUCAGUGUCCGUUCAGGAAAAGAUGGCUGGUUUCAACUCUAUAGUCCAGGAGGGGUGGCCUGUGAUGAUGAUGGAGAACUGUUUGCCAGUAUGGUUCAUAUCCUGAUGGGAUCCUGUUAUAAGACCAAGAAGUUCCUCCUCUCUUUGGCUGAGAACAAGCUUGGCCCCUGCAUGCUAUUGGCCUUGCGUGGGAACCAGACAAUGGUGGAGAUUCUGUGUCUAAUGUUGGAGUACAACAUCAUAGAGAACAAGGACACCCAGCUGCAGAUCAUCUCCACCCUGGAGAGCACCCAGGUGGGCCGGCGCAUGUACGAACAGCUCUGCGACCGACAGCGAGAACUUAAAGAACUGCAAAGAAAAGGAGGCCCCACCCGCCUGACUCUUCCCUCCAAAUCCACGGAUGCAGACUUGGCUCGCCUGUUGAGUUCGGGUUCUUUUGGGAACUUGGAGAAUCUCAGCCUGGCCUUUACCAAUGUCACCAGUGCCUGUGCCGAGCAGCUCAUCAAGCUGCCUUCGCUCAAACAACUUAACCUGUGGUCCACUCAGUUUGGGGAUGCAGGACUGCGGUUGUUGUCAGAGCACCUGGCCUGCCUUCAGGUGUUGAACCUGUGUGAGACCCCUGUCACUGAUGCUGGUUUACUGGCUCUGAGCUCCAUGAAGAGUUUGUGUAGUCUGAACAUGAACAGCACCAAGCUUACAGCUGACACAUAUGAGGACCUCAAGGCCAAAUUGCCCAACCUGAAAGACGUGGAUGUUCGGUACACUGAGGCGUGGUGAUCGACCGCUCGCGCGCCCUGUAUGGGUCGCCAGACUCACACAAGAAGCAUAGCCACUCUGAAAACAGUUAACAAAAAAGGGUUUUGUUGUGUCGUCUGAUAUCUCAGACGUCACUCAUCAGAAUGACCUUACUUUGACGUGUGCGUGCGUGUGUGUGAGGAGAGGAUACAUACAGUAGAUGGCAUCGCUAGGAAGGAAGGUUCCAAUUUUCUCCAACAAAGAAAGCUUUAUGGACCUUGUUGCUCACCUUGCUACUGCUGUCAGUGUAUAGUGGACCCUUUUUUUGCUAAUGUGAUCAGAGGACAUUCAAGGACCUGCUAUACUGUAACAAAACUGAUAUUUUUUUCUCCCAAUAGCCUUCCUGUAAUAUGUUGUCAGAUAUUUUGUCUGUUUCUUAACCGGUCCAAAUCCAGCUCUGAUGUUUUGUGGAAAAGAGUAAUGCCUGCUCUGAGACUUCCACGCUCUCUUUUUUCUUUUAAAUCUCUCAUUUAGCUCAUGUGAUGAAGCGCUUACAUUCCAGCUCUUCUCUGCACUAAUCCAAGAUGUAGCUAUAUUCAAACAGACUUGUUUUACUCUUAAUCACCUCAGUCCCAGUGUCAUUCUCCAGUUGUAUUUUCCGGGUCCCUCUUCCAGCUUUUCCAAGACUUCAGUUGGGAACGGUGCUGCCUUUGUGAGUUGUUCAGACUGUGCCUGCUCCUCAUUUACAAACACAUUCAAAGGCAACACAAAAAAGUUUCUACCAGGUUAAAUGAACAUAUUUUUCCACGCAUCUGGCUUUCUUAUAUUGUGUGUUUAUAUGAAGAUGAAUGUCAGGAAUGGCAUUUUAACAAACAGUUUGGGAUCUCUGUAGGAGAAUUUAACAGCGAUAGCAAAAUAUGUCCCUUUUUAAUUCGUCAGUGUACAUACUGAUCAGCUCCCAUUACUAUUAAAUAGGACUUUGGUGUAGCAGUAGCUGGGUGGUCUGGGACUGCCUGUUAUUUAUAAGGCUCUUUUAAGAUCUGGGAUUUUAAUCCUGGCAGUAUCGAUGUACACAGACUCUGUUCUUUUUAGUUGUUUAAUUGCUUCUUUUUUGACACAAAAUACAUGAAGCCAACCUAGAGCGUACCCAUACAUGGAUUUCUCUGUACUAUGCCAUGGUGGUCACAUAGAUCUGUUAAUGUACACCUGUAUACGAGACCCAUCACCAGCUAAGAGUUUGUAUAUUUUCAUAUGCUCUGUAUUUUGUUCCCGAUUGGAAACAGUUGGACAUGGAGCAAGGACACUUUGCCAAAACAUCAAAUUUGUUUUUUGUCGUUGCAUCAAGCAAACAUGCGCUUCUUACUUACACCAGGCUGGUGAAGCAGAUCUUGUGAUGAGCUGUGCUAAGACGCAGUCUGACCUCCCUUGCCAACGUCACACUGCAGACGUUUUUUUUCCUGCUGCAUUUAAAUUGGUGGUAUUUUUAAGGUUGUUUAUAAAUGGAAUAUUGGGACAAUUCAUGUACAUAUAUCGAGUUGGGCUAUAAAAGACACUGAUUUGGGGGGGAAAAGACAACUUUUAGCCAUAAUUGUCCCUCUACAUUCCCUCAAAGCGUUGUCCGUGUACUUUGGCAACGUUGCAUUUUACAGUAUGUGGUUAUUGCCCUGCCUCACUGUAAGUCAGCCACUUUUGUCUUGUGUAUGUGGCUCCACAUUGAGACAAAACAAGACAAGUCCACCUUUUUCAGUCAGUUCUGUUCCAUAUGCAUCUAUUUCCGUUGUAUGUGCCACCCUCUGAAUACACCCAAGUUGUUAAUACAAAGCAAAAGUUACAACAGAGAACAGGAUGCCGUCCACUCCAAGUUAUUUACUAUUUAUUGGGUGAAAUGCAGUUUUCUGCUUGGUCAGUAGAUUUUAUGGUCAUCCUCAUCCUCGCUACCUUUCAUAUCCUGUAUAAUGUACAUACCAUUGUAUAUAGUCUUUCUUUUCAUGUAUUGAAAUCAUUUUUAAACCCUUUUCUUCUUUUCUGUAUUAAUCUUUGCCUUCCUUUAUCGGUGGGCUGGUGUUGCCUUCAUUUAGCAAUCUGUGUGGUUGUUUUGUUGUUUCACACAAAGUGCACUGUAAUCGAAAUCAUUUUUUUCAUUUCAUAAUAUGUUUAAGUUUCCAGCUUUACACAUUUAAUGACAUAAAUCAGAUGUUUUGUUGGUGUUGUUUUCAGGGUUGUUUUGCAUGUACGUGUCUCUACAUCAUCUUGAUAUUUUCACUAUUGUUUGUUUUUUUUAUGUUUGAAAUCGUGAUAAAGGGUCUGAUCACUAUCUGAGGAUAAGUACUGAAACUGAAACUCGGGUUUGUUUUUUUUCCGUCAUCCUUUUAUAGGCCGUGACAGAUCUUGUCAUGUUCUGUAAUUAUUAGUGUAUUGUUAUUAUUAAAAAUAAUAAUAAUAAUAAUGUACCAUGGCGGCACGGUGGCCGACUGGUUAGAGCGUCAGCCUCACGGUUCUGAGGACCCGGGUUCAAUCCCCGGCCCCGCCUGUGUGGAGUUUGCAUGUUCUCCCCGUGUCUGCGUGGGUUUUCUCCGGGCACUCCGGUUUCCUCCCACAUCCCAAAAACAUGCAUGAAUUGGAGACUCUAAAUUGCCCGUAGGUAUGACUGUGAGUGCGAAUGGUUGUUUGUUCCUAUGUGCCCUGCAAUUGGCUGGCAACCAGUUCAGGGUGUACCCCGCCUCCUGCCCGAUGACAGCUGGGAUAGGCUCCAGCAUGCCCGCGACCCUAGUGAGGAGAAGCGGCUCAGAAAAUGGAUGGAUGGAUGGAUGGAUAAUGUACCAUUAUUGGUGUAGACAUGUCCUAAGCUAUGAAUUUGCAAAACACAAAGACCACUAAAGUACAAAUAAAUAAAAAAGUCCUCCAAGAAAAGUACUGUAACCUUGUUGCCUGACAAUUUCAGGAGUAGCACAUUCAAUGGCCAAUAUUGUAGUUCAACUAAGGUCGUUGGGUUCUGAGACCCACAAACUAAUUCAAUUGAACUUUGCUGUAUUUUGUUUAUAAUCUGGUUAUUUUCUCAACUCCAGUUUGCUUGUUUAAUUGCUAAGAAGUAUACCUGAUUGUUAACCACUCUCAUAUUUGAAAACAUACUGCUGUGGCGGAAUCUACUGGUUGUGAUGAAUGAAUAAACUACAGCCAAAAUCACAGUAGUCCCUGCUACUGUGUGUCAGUUUUAUUCAUUUUUGGAGGGGUGCAUUUAAAAAAAAAAAAAAAAGAUAAUCAUUGAUUUUACAGUUGCUGGUUCUUUGGGCGGCACGGUGGCCGACUGGUUAGAGCGUCAGCCUCACAGUUCUGAGGACCCGGGUUCAAUCCCCUGCCCCGCCUGUUUGGAGUUUGCAUGUUCUCCCCGUGCCUGUGUGGGUUUUCUCCGGGCACUCCAGUUUCCUCCCACAUCCCAAAAACAUGCAUUAAUUGGAGACUCUAAAUUACCCGUAGGCAUGACUGUGAGUGCGAAUGGUUGUUUGUUUCUAUGUGCCCUGCGAUUGGCUGGCAACCAGUUCAGGGUAUACCCCGCCUCCUGCCCGAUGACAGCUGGGAUAGGCUCCAGCACGCCCGCAACCUUAGUGAGGAGAAGCGGCUCAGAAAAUGGAUGGAUGGAUGGUUCUUUGGAUUAAGCCAAGCUAUUUAUAUUCUUCUCCUCUCUAUUGAUGCAAAGCAAAUCCAGGUGACUGCAGCCUUGCAUUAAACAUUGGCACCAACCUCUUCUAUUUUCAGCAUGACAGCAAACGGCAGUCUUCCAAAAAGACAAAUUAUUGUUUUUUAUUUUUUUAUUUUUUUGGCUUACACUGUAUUGUUUUCAUGUCGCGGCUGAAUAGAGGCUACUACAUUUUGUUGCGUUUCUAAAUGUGGGGCUACAGUACCUUCGUCUUGCUAAAUGUUCACCUGCAAGUUUGUUCCUGAGAGAUCACUUUUUUUUCCUUUAAACUCCUAACAAUCAGCAAGUUUCUACUAUUUUAAAAUUCUCUGCAGUUUUGUUUGGGUCAUACAAUGUAAGGAGUAAUGUCAGAUUGAAAACUUGAGAAUUUGAUUUUGCAUUAUUCCUCCCUUGAAUUUUUGGGGCCAGCUGGAAAGGGUGCCCGUCUUGUUUUUAAUUUUUAGUCUUUCUCAGCAUUGAUCUGCUUCUACUGCUGGGUUAUUGUUAUUAUUAAUAUUAUUAUUACCAUUAUUAUUAUUGCUGCUACUCUUCUGUGGCUGUAAUAAAACACAAAAGAUCUUCAACAUGAUGUGAAAUAAUUUUAAACAAAAAUAAACUGUCUGUGAAUAUG